AUGUCCGUUUACAGAGUUGCACUAGUUACUUUUGACAAGAUAUUGUCAUUUACAAAACAUGCAUCUGACCAACUUCAGUCUCCCAAUCUGAACCUAGCUAGUGCAGCUGAUCUUGUUGCUGCUACACAGUCAUCUCUUCUGGAUUAUCGUACUGAUGAAAUGUGGCACAAGCUGUACACUUACACAGAGCAUAUUGCAAACCAUCACUGCAUUGAAAUAUCACCUCAUCAUUCUAUCAAUAGACGCACCAAACGGCCUCCUCAGCAUCUUAGUAGCUCAGUUAUAAUGGAUACUACUGGUUCUAGACAGCCCGUAACCAAUGUUGCUUCUGAUGAAUAUAAAGUUCAAUUUUAUUUCCCAGUUAUCGACUCAUUUUUAGCAGAAAUAAGCAAACGCUUUGAUGCUAAAAAUCUCAACAUAAUGAAAGCUAUUCAAUCAUGUCACCCUACAUCCAAGUUCUUUCUUGAGACGGAUUCUUUGCAACCACUCAUUGACUCUUAUGAUCUGCCAAAGGAUAAGAUUGAAAUGGAAGCUUCACUAGCAAAGAGGAUGUUAGAAGGCAAAGAGCUGGCUACCAUUGGCGAUGUUUUGCUUCAAUUGAAGCCCCUUUCCAGUGCUUUUCCCAAUCUUUCAAGACUGGUGAGAAUUGCCAUGACUGUUGCUGUUUCAACAGCACAGUGUGAGCGUUCUUUCUCAACUUUAAAGUUAAUAAAAAACCAUUUACGCUCAACAAUGGGUGAUGAAAGACUGGCUAACAUGGCUGUCUUGUCAAUUGAACGGGAGCUUUCAGGUGGUAUUAAUCUUGAAGAUGUAGUAACUGAGUUUUCGGGUCUGGACAGUAAUAGAAGAAUAACUCUCAUAUAA